CUUCCACGCGGUACAAAUCUACUGGACGUUCACUAACCAUAAGUCCCUGAUCAUCGAGAUUCUUUAAAUCCUAACAGACUAGUACUAAUUUUUUUAAGAAGUCAUAAUUUCCCUCUCUUGCAUUUUUUUUUAUCGUUAAACACAAAAAUAAAUAAAGAAAAAGGGGGAUGGAAACAAUAGAUGAGAUUGAGGGAGACGAAAGUUACUUGGAUCUUCUGGGUAUAUUACUGGGCCCUGAUAAUUCUCUCACCAACAGCGGUUAUGGUGGUGUUGUGGAUAAUGAUUUUUUAUCCAGCGCUCUUGUCACACAAGAAAGAGAAUGUUCGCGGAAGAGGGGACGCAGUGAUUCAUGUAGCAGAGCAGGGACCAAAGCUUGCCGCGAGAAGUUGCGGAGGGAUAGAUUGAAUGACAGGUUUCAAGAUUUGAGCUCUAUUUUGGAACCUGGAAGACAAGCCAAAACUGACAAACCAGCCAUACUAGAUGAUGCUAUUAGAGUUUUGAACCAGCUUAAAGCUGAGGCUCAGGAGCUCAAAGAAACUAAUGAAAAGCUUCUAGAAGAAAUCAAAAGUCUGAAGGCUGAAAAGAUUGAACUCCGUGAAGAGAAACUGACGCUAAAGGCGGAUAAAGAAAAGAUGGAGCAACAAUCGAGAGCUGUGGCUGUUCCACCUCCUAGGUUCAUGCCAACCUAUCCAGCAGCCUAUCAUGCUGCAGCAAACAAGAUGCCAGUCUUUCCCAGUUAUGGUCUGAUGCCAAUGUGGCGAUAUUUACCUCCAGCUGCUUGCGAUACAUCGCGUGAUCAUGAGCUCCGGCCACCUGCUGCAUAAUUCUUUUUCGCUCAUCAAUAUCCUGAUGACUUUCAGAUGCUAUAUGCUAGAAUUUUCUUAACAUGUUGUCGCACAUGUAAAUAUAACUUGCUAUGCAUUAUACCUGAUUUUGAUAAUUCAAAUUAUUGGCAAGUGUAUUGCUGGAGAUUGUUAGGAAGGUAGUUAGAUUGCAAGUAUUUUCUUGAGUAAAUCAUUUUAUCACCACCGUGUAAUUGUAUGUUAGCAUUUUGAUUUUUCCAGGAGCUAUUAAUUAUCUUUCCUACGGUUUGCCAA